AUGAGGACAGAAGCCCGGCGAAAAAAUCUUCUCAUUCUGAUUUUGCAUUAUUUAACACAAGAAGGAUAUAUUGAUGCAGCCAAUGCUUUGGAGCAAGAGACUAAACUGGGGUUACGGCGCUUUGAAGUUUGUGACAACAUUGAUCUCGAAACUAUUUUGAUGGAAUAUGAGAGCUAUUAUUUUGUAAAAUUCCAGAAGUACCCCAAAAUUGUCAAAAAGGCAUCAGACUCAGUAGAAAAUAAUUUGUCACCAAGAAGUGUUGGAGGGAAGACCAAAAGGGUGGUGAGUGAUACUUACCAAAAUCUCCCCAAGAUCAAUCAGCAGAGGCUUCGACCCAAAACCACAUCAGAGAAAACACGGGACCCCAAACCUCUCAAUAAAGAACAUCCUAAACAGGAGAGCAACAGUCGUGCUCACAUGGAGAGUGUUGACUUUGGUUUAAAUAUAUCAAGAAUCCACAAGAACAGUGGAGAGGAAAACGCCCACCCACAAAGAGGCCAAGUCAUCGACUUCAAAGCUCUGCUCACCGAUGCUAUCAAAGGAGGAACCAGUGAACUUGCCUUGAACACCUUGGACUGUAACCCAGACCCCACAGAACGAUUGCUAAAACCUCUGAGUGCAUUUAUUGGCAUGAACAGUGAGAUGCGAGAAUUGGCAGCGGUGGUGAGUCGGGACAUUUAUCUCCAUAAUCCAAACAUAAAGUGGGACGACAUUAUUGGACUGGAUGCAGCCAAGCAGUUAGUCAAGGAAGCUGUUGUGUAUCCAGUAAGGUAUCCACAGCUAUUUACAGGGAUUCUUUCUCCCUGGAAAGGACUACUGCUUUAUGGACCUCCAGGUACAGGAAAGACUUUACUGGCCAAAGCUGUGGCCACUGAAUGCAAAACAACCUUCUUUAACAUUUCUGCAUCUACCAUUGUCAGCAAAUGGAGAGGAGACUCAGAAAAACUUGUUCGGGUGCUAUUUGAACUUGCCCGCUAUCAUGCUCCCUCCACAAUCUUCCUGGAUGAGCUGGAGUCUGUGAUGAGUCAGAGGGGCACCGCUCCUGGGUAACAGACAGGAUUCUUC